AUGACGGCGCCAGAACUGGCACAGCCCGGCGCACCAACGACGACCGCGCAGCACACACACCCCAAGGCAGGACUAACCAUCCGGGCACUGGAUCCCACCAAAUUGACGCCGGCAGACUUCAUCUCCAUCAGCGGCAAGACCUACAUCAGGACGAGAGCUUCGAGCGAUCAACCGUCGCGUCUUCUGCACCAGCACGCGCUGUCCUACUGCGGCGCCGAAGGCGCAGGCACGCAUGGGCUCCUGUACUGGCAUGCGGAACCAGGCGCACCCCCGCCUCGCAGCGAGCGUCCGCGGCCUCCUCCGACCCUGCUUUCUUUCGCUGCCGGCUCCGACCUACGCAAACCGAACGGCCACGUCUGGGGAACAACGCUCUUCAGCGUGGCCCGAUUCUCAGUGCACGACACCUUCCGGACAGCGCUGCUCUCGCAAGGGACUGGUGACGCACGAUCUGCUGGACAAGGCCGCCUCCAAUUACGAGACGGCGCGUGGCUCCUCGGGCGCUCCCGCGCUCAAGUGCUGCGAUUCCACACGCUGUUUCAGAACGACCACAGGCCCUUAUACAGAGGCAAAUGCUUUCUGCAGUUCGAGCGGUCAGAGCUCGCCGAGCACCGCGGCAAGCGAACCGUGGUCCUCCGGAUCGCGAAGAUUGUCGAGAUCGCCGAGGCAGAGAACAGAAUACCGAAUCCUAUGGCUCCUUACCCCCGGGAGGGCGACCUUGUGUGCGUGCCACGGCGCGGCCCGGGUAGCAGGACAGAGCCGUGGGUUCCGUGGUGGGUGGACGUCGACAGCGAGAAGAGAUCGAGCGGACAGGCCUCCUGCUUGCGAGUGCUCUUUGAGGACGAGGGAACACCUGGAGAGGCGAACGCUCCUGGAAGAGAUUGA